AUGGAGAUGAAAAAAUUUGCCAGAACAAACCCAGGCGAUGAACCUGAUGCAGAUAUUCAAUUGCAAGGUAACAACAUUCGGGAACAAGUUGAAAAAUUAGAAUUUGGUUCAAAGCAUGCAAAAGAGAAAAGCAUUGAAGAUCGCAUUACUGCGUAUCGGGACGAAUUAGAACAAAACUUCAAUCUCGAUGAAUAUUUACGCCGAAAGGAGUUCCCUGUUACUUGCGAAUCUGACGGUGAUGAAAUGAUGGAGAUAAGAGCCAUUUUAAUGGAAUUUCAGAAGGAACUGAAAGAAAUUAAGAAAGAGUUGAAACUGCAAAAGACAACAUCAACAGGUCAAAAUAGAGACGAGAUUGGAAUAAAAACGAAUCAUGAAACGCAAUUGCACAAUCGCAAAAAAUGUCCUUCCCUGCCUACCAAUAUUCCAUAUGGGAAAAUAACUUGUUCAGAUUCUAAUCAUCAGGGAUCAAUUUGCAAUAUUACAUGUUUGCAGAAUCAUAUUAUUAAGGGUGAGAAUACUUUAUAUUGUGAAAAUGACUUUAAUUGGUCGCAUAACUUACCAACCUGUGUCUGCAACGAAUGCGAAGUCGGGGAAUAUUGUGAACAAGGAACAUCUUGGCAUGUUCUGCAACAAAUGAUAAGAAACAAACCACUUAUAUCUUUGGUGUAUUAUGCUGGUUAUCAAAUAAAAUGUUCUACGGUGUUCAACCUUUUCAUCGGUUCCACAACUGAAUGUAUCGAUUCAAAAACAAGUCACGCUGUUAAAUGCACCCAUGGAGCAAGAUUAACAGCCAUUGAAGGAGCCGUGGCAGAAUUAAUCAGACAAAUGGUGCAAAAAAAAUUUUACCCGAUGCCAUGUGACAUUGCAAAAAUGCCAAAAGGUUGCUGAAGAAUAUCGCAUGGCAAAUUUUUAUACGCAUAUUGCGAAUAUCAAUGUGAACAAUUUUUGUAAAUAUUUUAGCACAGCGUUUCUCAAACUUUUUUUUGCCUUGGGAUAUUUAAGCUUUUCAUCUCGCCUUUCUAUUUGUAGCCAGUUGGGUGACAAAUUUACCAACCAGAGUUGCCGAAGUACCACUGGCUUGGCGACCAAUUCAGUCGCAAUUUUGAUCCCUGUUUCCUGGAACACUUGAAAAGGCAGCUUUCCACGCAACGCGGUUUGAGAAACUCCAUUUAAGCGUAUUUAUGACUAUAAAUAUAAUAUAUAGUGCAAAACAGUCUGCGUUUUUAAAUGAAUACAUUUCAGUCACUAACCCUUGUAUCCGCGGGAUGGAUGGGUAAUAGUUCAAAACUAAUCUGAGACUAUAAUAGCCUUUAAAACUGAUUUAUAUAUUCAACGCAACUCCGAAAGAAAUUUGUUUAUUUACAUUUCAAACUGCGCUAAUUUAUAACAGAAUAAAGAGAUCACUCAAAAGUAUUUUUUCGUUUAAUAAUUUAUUCCAGAAAGUAAUCGACACAAAUUUAAAAAUGCAUGAAAAACCAACGUAUAGUCUUUCGUAUUGAGAUUUGCUCCAGAAUCGGUGUAGUGAAUAAAACUUGCUUACGCACAGACCAAACAUACAUAUACAGCCAGUUUAAUAUACAUAUACAAAUAGGGUUGCCACUUCUGGAUAUAUAUUUUUUUUCGAAUCGAACCUCGAAUCGAAAAUUUUCGACUCGAAUCUGAUUCCAUUAAA